AUGGAUAUCAAAACCUUACUUAACAAUCUUCAUGAAGAGGUCUCCUGUUCUGUGUGUAUAAACACACUCACUGAUCCAAAAACGCUGCCAUGUUUACAUGUUUUUUGCUUGAAUUGUUUGAACGGGAUUCAUCGAACUAGUGGCCGCCGUGAUGUCAUUGCAUGCCCUGAAUGUCGAAUGGAGAUUCAAGUUCCUGGUAGUGGAAAUCUUAAGGAUCUUCCAACUAACUUUCGCAUCAACAGUCUGCUUGACGCGUUGGCCAUUAAAGAGUGCAAUGCCAUUGGAGUUACGUGUGGAAAUUGCAACGAGAAGAGCUCCCAGAGUUUCUAUUGCUUUCAAUGUUGUGCAUUCUGGUGCAAGGCCAACUGCAUCAGUUUUGACAAUGGAAUGAAAGCGAAUAAGGAACACCGUGUACUAGCGCUCAAAGACUUUAAGGACCAAGAUUUUGCAAACAUUUUGAAGCGAGAGUAA